AUAUAAUUGAAGUUGAAACGAAGGUGAUGAAUCUAGCGCUAAACAUGGAGUCUAUGAACAUUCUCUCUAUCCGUGUACACAAUCUGAUUGAAGAUUUUACCGAAGACGUGAUUUUACAUAUAAGAUCACGUUACAUCCGCUUGGAGCCACACGGCUUCACGCCAAGUCAUAUCUCUGAACUCCUUCGUGGCCAACAAGUUAAUGAAUCUCAACACAUAGGUGAAAAGAUCGCUAAUGAAAUCAAUCGUUCACUUAGUAAUGAUAAAACUCUCCGAGAGCCUGUCUUCGUGAACGUCGAAGUUGAAUUCAUCAAAGAGAGGCGUUUGGUUGUGCCGUCUGAUGUUCCUGCUUCGUUUGAAGUUUUACAGAGGUUGGUGGAAGAACAUAGAGUGGAUUUGAACGGAAAUAAAGAAACUCUGUGUUCAAUUUGCAUCGAGGAUUUGUCCAAGAGUCAACAAAGCGUCAUUGAGAUGCCUAACUGUUUGCAUAUGUUUCAUCAAAACUGUCUUUUCGAGUGGCUUGGUCGGAAAAACUCGUGUCCGUUGUGCCGGAGAUUCGUACGACCUAGGAAUAGGAUCAAGAAACAGAAACUCGAAAACGUUACAGGUUUCGAUUCUGUUGCGAAUUGUUGACACUCAUCCUUAUGUUAAUUAAUUCUUAUAAGAUGAAAUUGUUUACAAGUAUCAUGAAUUAUUGACUGACUUACUGAAGGUGUAAUUCAUUAUGUAACCAGAUCACAAUUAGAUUUUUAUUUUUUUAAAUGAAAGGAUUGUGAUGAUUAAUCCUUAGCAAUUCCGACCAAUCUUAAAAGUAAGGUAAUAUAUUACACAUAGAAAACUCAAGUUGAGAUCAAAGGAGUGUCAGAUGGACUGGAUC